AGGCCGCCUGGAGCCGGGUGGCGCAGGCGCAGUGUCCCCGGCCAAGAUGGCGGCGCGGUGUUCCACACGCUGGUUUCUGGUGGCUGUGGGGACCCCCCGGCUGCCGGCUGCAGCGGGGAGAGGGGCCCGGCCGCCCGGGAGGUGCGUGGUGGGGGCGUCGCUGGGCCACAAACUGAGCGUCGCCUCCUUCGCGCCUUCCCUGGGCUCUCGCGGUCCCCGGGCGCUGCUGACAUUGAGACCCGGUGUCAGCCUCACAGGAGCAAAAUGUUACCCUUUUGUUUGUACUGCCUCCUUCCACACGAGCACCCCUUUGGCCAAAGAAGAUUAUUACCAGAUACUAGGAGUUCCCCGAAAUGCCAGCCAGAAAGAGAUCAAGAAAGCCUAUUACCAGCUUGCCAAGAAAUACCACCCUGACACGAAUAAGGAUGAUCCCAAAGCUAAGGAGAAGUUCUCACAGCUGGCAGAAGCCUAUGAGGUGCUGAGUGAUGAGGUGAAGAGGAAGCAGUAUGAUGCCUAUGGCUCUGCCGGCUUUGAUCCCGGGGCCAGCGGCUCUGGGCAGGGCUACUGGAGGGGGGGCCCCACCGUGGACCCAGAGGAGCUGUUCAGGAAGAUCUUCGGGGAGUUCUCAUCAUCUUCGUUUGGAGAUUUCCAGGGCGUGUUUGAUCAGCCUCAGGAAUACAUCAUGGAGUUAACCUUCAAUCAAGCUGCCAAGGGCGUCAACAAGGAGUUCACCGUGAACAUCCUGGAUACCUGCGAGCGCUGCAAUGGCAAGGGGAACGAGCCAGGCACCAAGGUGCAGCAUUGCCACUACUGCGGCGGCUCUGGCAUGGAAACCAUCAAUACGGGCCCUUUUGUGAUGCGUUCCACGUGUCGAAGAUGUGGUGGCCGAGGCUCCAUCAUCACAACACCCUGUGUGGUCUGCAGAGGAGCAGGACAGGCCAAGCAGAAGAAGCGAGUGAUGAUCCCCGUGCCCGCAGGAGUUGAAGAUGGCCAAACUGUGCGGAUGCCUGUAGGAAAAAGAGAAAUUUUCAUCACGUUCAGGGUACAGAAAAGCCCCGUGUUCCGGAGGGACGGUGCAGACAUCCACUCCGACCUCUUUAUUUCUAUAGCUCAGGCUCUUCUUGGGGGGACGGCCAGAGCCCAGGGCCUGUACGAGACCAUCAGCGUGACGAUCCCCCCGGGGAUUCAGACAGACCAGAAGAUUCGGAUGAGUGGGAAAGGCAUCCCCCGGAUUAACAGCUACGGCUACGGAGACCACUACAUUCACAUCAAGAUAAGAGUUCCAAAGCGGCUGACGAGCCGGCAGCAGAGCCUGAUCCUGAGCUACGCUGAGGAUGAGACUGACGUGGAGGGGACGGUGAAUGGUGUCACCCACACAAGUACCGGUGGCAGCACCAUGGAUAGCUCCGCAGGAAGCAAGGCUAGGCACGAGGCUGGGGAGGACAAGGAGGGAUUCCUUUCCAAACUUAAGAAAAUGUUUACCUCCUGAUAGCCCAGCUGAGGAAAACGAUCCGCUGGAAACUAGGCCGGGAGCAGCAGCCCCUCCUUGUGGCCAGGGCACCUGGGAGACAGGAGGAUUCCAGAACAGCACUGAGCCCCCGCCUGCAGAGACCUCUGGACUGCCUUGGCAGCAGCAAAAUCGUGACAACACAUCUCUCCACGGAAAGGUCACGGUGGACAGCCCCUGGGCAGUAAGAUGGAGCACCCUGAGGGCUGGUAGAAGUUUCCUUUCCACGGGUAGGUGACAUGGCUUCUCUGGCUCAGGCAGAGUAAGACAGCUGGACACUUCUUGCAGCAGUAAAACUCUAAUUUGGAAUAGAAUGUGAUGGAGAUCUUAGUUAAAGAAUUAAAGGCCAUGCUUACAGCUUAAAAAUGAAGCCUUAAGCUGCACUGAGUUCUGAAGUGAUUAAUUUCCCUCUCAGCACACUUCCAGGAGGUUCAGGGAUGAGUCCUUCCUGACAGGUCAUCUUCACCAGGAGCCCGGGGAUUGCACGCCCCCCUAGCGCUGUCCUCCCCACCUCAGCCCCUGCUGAGAUGUCAGUGGCUCCUCUCAGAGUUUGUUUUUAAUUCCCAAAGGUACCAAGCAACUGCAGAGUGGGUGCUUGGGGUCUGGGGAGGCACAUACAAAGGACCAGAGGGUCCCUGGAAGUCCCGCUCCUGAGCACAAGGGUGGUGACACUUGUCUGGACAGUCCUUCUUCCCACCCCACUAGGAUGGCCGCUUGGGCCCAACUGUUGAGUUUUGUUGUUAGCUGGUGUGGUGGGACUCCUGCCCUUCCGCUGAGCCACAGCCUGCCGCAGCCACCAUGCCAGGCAGACCUCACCUGCCUCGGCACUCGGAGCCCUGCCACUGUUGCCAGCCAGGGGCUUGGUUCUCCCCACAUACACUGUUGACAUCCAUUUUACAAAGUGUGUUUAAACUGUUCUAUGCUAAUCGCCAUCUUUUCCUGUGUAAAUGUUUGUUCAGAAAAGACAAGCACAGUCUGAGCAGUUGAAGGUUCCCCACCGUUCAGCCAGAGCAAACACCCUGCUCCCCCAGCCUCUGCUGCUAGCAUGUUGCGGUUUCCGUGUGCUUCAAGAUCCUCGAGCUAUCAUAAGACAGGUUAAUGAAGGACACUUUGCAGUAGUUUCCUUUUUGUUUUCCUUUAUAAUUUACUAAAUAAAGCAUCUAUUAGUGUCCAAUUUAAGAAUGUAAAAUGAUUCUGUAUCAAUGUAAAUAAGAUUAUCUACUGCAAAAAGAUAUUUAAAACCUAAA